AUGGGCGCGACGCGACGCAAGACGAGGCACGGAAGUAGUACUUCUCAGACGGGUUCCGGGCUAUUGGAGGAAGAUGAAGCUACUUCAUUAUUGGACAGACCGCAGGCUCCAGCCGCAGAAGAGAAGGAUGAACCCGUCACUUGGAUGAGCAUCCCGCGCAAGGGCCAGUUGAUUGUCUUGGCGUGUGCGAGGCUGUCAGAACCGUUGGUACAGACUUCACUGAGAUCUUAUCUCUUCUAUCAACUCAAGUCAUUCGACCCUAAUCUGCCUGAUUCUGCUAUUGCCUCACAGGCGGGUAUCAUGCAAAGUGCCUUUGCGGCGGCUCAACUAUGUACUGCGAUGCUCUGGGGCCGGUUUUCUGACCAAGGAGGACGGAAAAGGGUGCUUCUCAUUGGACUCUUUGGCACCACGAUAUCUGUUCUUGGGUUUGGCUUCUCUACCACCUUUUCGCAGGCCAUGGCAUUUCGUAUCAUGGGUGGUGCAUUGAAUGGAAAUGUCGGAGUGAUGCGAACCAUGAUCAGCGAGAUUGUGCAGGAUAAAAAAUACCAGUCCAGGGCCUUCCUUCUCUUGCCAAUGUGUGCCAAUGCUGGCAUCAUAAUCGGACCUGUACUCGGAGGCCUGCUGGCCAAUCCGGCUGAGAGUUACCCACAAUGGUUUGGCGGCAUCCCGUGGUUGAUGAAGUUCCCCUAUGCGCCGCCCAACUUGCUCAACGCGUGUUUCCUGGGAAUGGCAGCAUGCGCUGUGUUCUUCGCACUGGACGAGACACACGAGUUACAUGGCCAAGACGACGACACUGGGCGAAGAUGCGGUCGAAGGAUAGUUGGCUUUGUUCGAAACCUGCUCGGCAAGAAACAAGAACCAGCAGAUACACGUCUGAGUGACGGCGAAUCACGAGAUGGUCUGAACGACCCUGAGUCCAGCCGACCAACAAAGCGGAACACGCCUCGGUACAACAAAAAGCUACCCUUCCGACGCAUUUUCACCUACAACGUGAUCUGCACUCUCAUCGCCCACUCUCUCCUCGCCUUUUCUCAAGGCACUUACCAAAACAUCUUCUUCAUCUUCCUGUCGACUCCUGUCUUGGAUCCAACAAACCACCCUUCACAACCGCCCAUCUUCUUCACCGGCGGCUUGGGGCUCACCCCGGUCAAAGUUGGCUUUUCCAUGGCCAUCCUCGGCGUCAUAGGCAUCGUGCUUCAAAUCUGCUUAUACCCUACCAUCAGCACCCGCCUGGGCACCGUCCGCGCCUGGAGGAUAUUCUUGUAUCUCUUCCCCGUCGUGUACGCAGCCACGCCCUUCCUUGCCUUGAUUCCCUCGCGCUCGCCACCACCGGAGCCCAAAACCGGCCCCUUGGUCUGGGCGGCACUGACGGCUGUUAUAUUCAUCAGAACCUUGGCGGGGACUUUUUCGACACCCGCAAUGGCCAUACUCAUAAACAACUGCUCGCCACACCCUAGUGUUUUGGGGACUAUUCAUGGUAUGGGACAGAGUGCGAGCAGUGCGGCUCGCACCAUUGGACCGGCGUUGGGUGGUUGGUUGCUAGGGGCUGGGCUCGAUCAUGGGGUCGUGGGAACGGCUUUCUGGGGUUUGGCGCUCAUGGCGGUUGUGACUAUUGUGGCUAGUAACUUUGUGCGUGAUGGGAAUGGGCAUGAAAUAUGGCUCGAGGGGGACGAGGAUGUUGAAAAUGAUACGUAG